AUUAUUUUUUAUUUAAAUGUAUUUUUAGGUUAUAUUAAGUUAUAUUUAUGAGAAAAGUGAUAAAUUACCUAAAAUUUAGAAAACAAAGUGUUUAACUAUUGUCUAAUGCCAUUGUGACGUGUAAUAUUUAAUGUACUUAUCAUUUACUUAUUCGUUGUGAAGAAGUGGUCUAUUUUCAAUUUUCCAAUUAAUAUCCUUUACAUAUACAUGAGGAGUUUUAAGAAGUAUUACAAACCUAUUUUAAUAUGCUUGGGAGCAGUAAAUUGUGGUACAUAUUUAUAUUAUAAUCCUCAUUUUGCCGACAAGAGAAAAGUUUUUACAUCAUGGACUACAAAUUAUGUUCCUCCAAAUUCUUCGAAAUGGGAUGAUAAUUGGGACCACAGGUCUCCAAACAGUUUAAUACAUCCUAAGAAAAUCCUAAAUGAUACAAAUAAUGACAAAGUGGUAGAGAAACUAAACACACUUCGCUCUACUGCAACAAGGCACAUUAUAUUAAUCAGACACGGUCAGUAUGAGAUUGAUGGAGGCACUGAUGAAGAAAGAAAGUUAACGAAGUUAGGUUGCAAUCAAGCUAAACAGACAGGCAAGAGACUUCAGCAAUUGGGAUUCCCCUAUACAGAAAUGAUCAAGUCAACAAUGAAGAGGGCACAGGAGACAGGGACAAUUAUUUCAGAUUUUUUACCAAAAGUUCCUGUUCGUGAAUGUAAUUUCAUUAGAGAAGGAGCGCCUGUCCCUCCGGAGCCUCCUGUUGGUCAUUGGAAACCCGAGGUUUAUCAGUUUUACCAGGAUGGAGCCAGGAUAGAGGCUGCUUUCAGACAGUAUUUUCAUAGAGCUGAUCCAAAGCAAGAGCAUGAUAGUUUUACUUUACUUGUAUGCCAUGCAAACGUCAUCAGAUACUUUGUGUGCAGAGCUUUGCAGUUUCCCCCUGAAGGAUGGUUGAGGUUGUCUUUGAAUCAUGCAAGUAUUACAUGGAUAAGUAUUGCGCCUAAUGGAAGAGUUAAAUUGAUGGCGUUAGGUGAUAGCGGUCAUAUGCCGCCUGAAAUGCUUACUGUGUCCUGAAAUAAUUAACUAUUAAUUAUUUACACCAUGUAUGAUGGUGGGUUGUGUUUAUAUGAAAAAAUAAAAACGUAUUUUAUUCUA